AUGGCUAACCUUACAAAACUCGAGUUCGUUGCCCUUGACAUUUCAGGUAAGAACUACCUAUCAUGGGUGUUAGAUGCUGAAAUCCAUCUUGAUGCUAUGGGUCUUGGAGACACCAUUAAAGAAAAUAAUAAAGCAUUCAACCAAGAAAAUGCCAAGACUAUGAUAUUCUUGCGUCAUCAUCUUGAUGUGGACCUAAAAAUUGAAUAUCUUACUAUUAAGAAUCCACUUGUUUUAUGGAAAAACUUGAAAGAAAGGUAUGACCACCCGAAGAUGGUCUUCCUCCCAAAAGCACGACAUGAAUGGAUAAAUCUAAGGUUACAAGAUUUCAAAUCAGUUAUGAAGUAUAACUCUGAGAUGUUCAGAAUUACUUCUAUAUUGACACUAUGUGGAGAAAAGAUUAGUGAUUCUGAUAAGCUGGAAAAGACGUUCUCCACUUUUCAUGCCUCGAAUAAUCGACCUACUGGCGUUGCACCACUCCCCGAAGUGAAUGAGGUGUAUGCCCACUACUCCAGGCGUGGAAAAGGUCGUGGCCCCGGUCGUGGUCGUGGUCGUUAUAAUGGUCAAAGAAGAAAUUAUUUUCCUGGUGUUAAUCACUCUUCAAAGAAAAAUUACCACCAAAAGGGGAAAAAGAAGGAUGAUAGGCAUGAAGUGCCAGAAGCACGUGGCUCAGAAAACAAAUGUUAUCGAUGUGGUGGAAGUGGACACUGGUCACAUUUCUUUGAGCACCCUGAAGGAAAGAUAAAUCACUUGAUUGGUCAUGGUUCUGUGGUUAGAGAUGAUUGA